AUGAUAUGAUGGAACAACUCAGAUAAGGAGAGAGGGGUCACACACUAGGUACAACGCUGCACAAAGUAGUUUCAGUUUGAAGAAGAAGAUUCAUUUAAUUACCCACUACAAAUGAACUGGGGUAGUGAGAACUGAAAGCAAACAAAAGCCACUUUCCCAUUCUAACUUGUGUCGAACUCAGGUAUUUGAAGUAAGGAUGGCAGCAGCACAUCUCAGGGAUGGUCCCCAAACUAGUACGUGUUCACUUGUUGUCAAAGCUCCGAUGUUAUGUAUUUUUUGAUUCUACUCAAGUUAUGUCCAUAACUCCUCCCAUCCCCAUGCCGGGGGCUACUGCCAGCCUGCUUCCAUAUGGGCUGUGACCUCACAGAGUUCUCCCCACCCGCCGGACUAUGAUGUCAUGGCUCUGCCCAUGUAAGCCAGCGGCCAGCACUUUGUCUCUCCCAGUGCGGUCGUGACCGGCUUUGAGCGAUGGUUGUCGACAGCAUUCUCCUUAUCCCCAGCCUCCUGCUCCUGGUGGCUGGGGUGUCUCUGCUCACCACUGCCUGGCGCCGACAGGGUUCUGACCGGCGCCGGCAAUGGUGGAGAUGGUGGCAACAAGCGGUAGCACUGAAGUCAGGUGCUGAGAGGCAGGCAGGCAGGUGCGGGAGCCCCCUGUGCAGGCCAUGUUGCUCCCAGCAGCAAGCAUCACCAUGGCAGAGCAGUCCCAUCCUGACCCAUGUCAUCCAGCCAGGAGAGACCCAGCCUUUGUUGCAGCGUAACCUGUGCCCCUCUCUUCACACCAACUCUGCCACUGGUACCACGAGGUCUGCGGGGAAACCCGGCAGGCUUCCCAGACAGGACCAGCGCCCACAGGUUCUGGUGGCACGUGGGACCCCCAGGAUGCUCAGUCAGCGUUCGAGGCUAGGCAGUGGAGUUCAGGACCUGCCUCCUGAGAUCCUCAGCUGCACAAAGCCACUGGUGAAAGGGAUGGUCUUUCAGGAGGGCCUCGUUCAAACAGAGGAGAGAAAACGCUGGUGGGAAUACAAGACCAAGAAGCCUAAUUGGCCUAUGCGACCCCCAGCACUUCCUAGAGGGCACAAGAAAGCAGGAGCAGCAGCAAGACCAUCAUGUGGGCCAGCUUCAAGCCUGCAGAAAGGGAGACAGCAGAACUGAAACCUGCCAGCACCUAAACACUGCUGUCAUUGCUAUGGAUUCAUUGUUGACAUACCAAUACAGAGCUGAAUCUCAGCCCUAAGAUCACCAUUUGCAUCAUACUAUUUCAG